AUGGCGAUGGCAAGCGGAGAAAUGCGGUUGGGAACGAUUGAUAAAGAUGAUCUCGCAAAGGACGGACCACCCCCUAUUAAGGUUCCGGAAGGGUGGAAGGCGAUAUGGAAUGAGCAUUACAAAGAAUGGUUCUACGUGAACAUUUAUACAAAGCAGUCACAGUGGGAAAGGCCCACAGAGCCAAUCUACCCUCCUCCGGCCUCUGAAUCCGCAGUUCCAGUUCCCCCCCCCGCGUACGACGACACGCCCCGACAAUCUGGGCCGGAAAAGGGAGACCGUUUGGGCUCGAACAACCCAUUCAGCCCUCAGAACACAGGGUCGGCAUCCGGAUCCGGUCAGCCCAAUAUAUCCGACGAUGAGCGUAUUGCACGACAACUCCAAGAAGAAGAAAACGCGAGACGAGGCGCAUCCGACAGCUACUAUAAUGGUGGGCCUCAGGGCGCUGCGCCUAACUAUGGCGGACCAUCACAUUCUCCCGGCCCUGCAGGUCCCUACGAUCCAUCACAACAAUAUGGUGCAGUCAGCGACAAAGGUUCCGGGAGGAAGAGUGGCCUCCUCGGGAAGUUAUUAGGGAAAGCCCAGGGCAAACUCCCGAUAGGCGCAGGAGGACAAGGGUACCAAGGAGGCGGAGGAUACUACCCAGGUCCUCAUCAAAGCCAAUACGGCUACCCUCCACAACACGGCUACUAUAAUCAGGGCCACGGCAUGCCUUACGGUCCCCAUGGUGGGCAUGGUGGAUUCCCGUAUGGCGGAGGCUACGGUGGCGGCGGUAGGAGAAGAGGAAUGGGAGCUGGCGGCGGUGCUGCGCUAGGUCUCGGUGCGGGACUGGUCGGUGGGGCGUUGAUUGGGGAUGCAAUUGGUGAUGCCCACGAGGAUGGGUAUGAGGAUGGAUACGAGGAUGGCGGUGGAGACUUUGGAGGCGACGACGGCGGGGGCGGCGAUUAAAACGUUCGUUGAUGAGGGACCGCUUUCGUAAAGCGCAGUGCCACAGAACGUACCUAUUUGAAGGGAUCACCGAUUGUUGUCACCCCUACUGCAAUCUGCAUUCGUGGGAUGGAUCUAGCUAUGUGGAGAAGUAAGGGGUUUAGCGGAUCGUAGUGUGAUGCUUUGAACAUAACCACCGCAUCCAGU